CCCGAAUCGAUAACACGUCGUAACAAUUGUGACGAGCUGGAACACAGCACAUAAUGGCGCUAUAAAUAGCAUAUAAUUGCCGAAUUUAUUAGGCGAUAGGGCGGCAGGAACCAACCAGCCCCGUUUGAGCUAAUGCAGGCUCCACUCGGAACCCCGAGUAUUUCACCUCUUUUUCGUUUCAAACAGCCGAACUCCAGAUUUCCAAAAACCCCAGAAUUCUUUUACUGCUCCCUUUCCUUCUUAAUACUUAUUUUAAUACUUACUACUAUGUAUAUGCGCUAACCCUCUCUCUCUCCAAUAUCACCGAUCUAGAAUUCGUGAAUCAAUUGGCCAGUUAAGGAUAGACACCGAGUAUGUCUAAGAAGAAUGGUGUCGCAAAUGAUACUAAGCUACCUCUCGAGCUAAUUCGAGAUCAAACCUCGUCUUCUCUCAUCUCCUCGGUGCUUGAAAUCGUCAAUGGCCGCACCGUCAGCAAGGAGAACUGGCUCAACUAUGUCGAAUGCCUUUAUGUGGCCAAGGACAGCGAGGAGCCUAGCGGCAAGCGGAGACGCGUAGAAAAUGGCAGUGUAGCCGCCGACUCCUCGCAGCUUCUGAGGAGAAGGUCUAUUGGUCUUUUUCAAAGGGAAUGUUACACUGAAGACAUACCUUAUAUCGCUGUCUCAUACACUUGGAAGGCUUCAAAGGAAGAAGAGGCAGACGAGGAGACAAACAAAGAAACGGCAGGGCGCUAUCUUGUCGAGCCUCACAAGCCCGGCCAGCCUGCCCUAGCUAAGGUGAGGCCCGUGGUUCUGGAUCGAGUACUAAAGUACGCUGAGCGUGUGGGCUGCGAAAAUAUCUGGAUCGACCAGGAGUGCAUCGACCAGGAGAACCAGGCGGCGAAGGAAGCAGCAAUCCAAAGCAUGCACCUAGUGUAUACGUUAAGCCACUGGCCAAUUGCCCUCCUCACGCGUAGGAUUAAGACCCCGGAAGAGCUCAAGCUCCUUGCCAAUCUAAUGCGUAAUAAAAUUGCAUCCGAAGAUGAACCAGCCAUGUUAAAUCUUCUGGAUGACAUUACAUCUGACCUGUGGUGGACGAGAGCCUGGACGUUCCAGGAAGACUAUAGAGCUUCUACCCGAAUGAUGUUGCUUCUUCCACACUGUCGGAGUUUAGAUACGUGUAAACGAGCCAUGGUAGAUGAGUAUGGUGGGUAUAUUCUUGGCGAUGUCGAAGGCGAGAUUUGUAUAAAAUCUAUGCACUUUAGGGAACGGGCUACGGAGUUCUGCCUCUCAUAUCAGGAGAGAUCAGAUAAGGUGGAUAUCUGUAACAGGGUCAUUAAGAGGGCUACAAAGUACAACGUUCUCCUCAAAGACAAGCACUCGGCGUACUCGGCAACGCGGUCGAUGUCCCCCAUAAUCCUCUCGGACAUAAUUUGGCGGGGCAUUGGGAAGGAAUCCGACCGCCUUGCCAUCAUGGCCAACUGUUGCGAUUAUGGCACUCGUAUCAACACAAACUUUCUCAAUGAGAAAGGCUCUAGUCUCAGCCUAUCGAUCCUGGCCCAAUAUCUUCUAAAUGGCGAAAUCAUAGAGAACGACCCGGAACGACCCGCCCUAGGUAUACUUAAACACAACAUCCACGAAUACCUAUCUGAACAAUCGCUCAGUAGCUUUCGUCCCCCAGUCAAGCAAGGUCUUACAUUUAUCAAAGGCUGUCGCUUUACCAAUCCACUGCUGACUCCAGAGGGAGCACUGACCACAGGUCACCUCUGGAAAUUAGGCAAAGUCAUACGCCGGAAACCAAUGAAGUGUGAGAAAGAAUACGGCACCUCUUACGAGGAUAUCGCAGUCGAUCUGGUUGAAUGCGCACGCGACCGCGACCGCGGCCGCUCUCUAUACCGCGGGGGGUGGUGGCUUGACUGUAUGGCUGACGAGGUCGAGGAUGCCCUGAUGCAAGGAAAGGCUCUUCGACUAGGCUGUCUCGUAGACCCUAGAAAUGGAAGAGGAUACAGUCCCUACCGUGCUGUCUUCGUAGGCGACAGUCGCGAUGAUUGGAAGAACGAGAACGACAUCAGCUACGCCUUUACUUCAUCCCAGUUCCAUGAAGAAGACAAGCCGGGGUAUACCGAAAAACACGUAUCUCUAGAGGUCGACAUCGAGUGGCAGAGGCGCGACAGACCCGAGGGACGUUCACCCUGCAUGAUACCGAAGCUAUAUAUCAAGCGAUGGCUCAACGGCAUCUGUUUCUUCGAUAGUGUCCAUCGAAGAGAAGUCUUGUUUCCCUGGCAUCCUACACUGCUAGAAUAGGUGUAGGGAACCCGCGAUUACUCCGAGCCCGGGAUUUAUAAGACAUGAGACGAGACGAGACGAGACGAGAAUACGAAACGAGAGAAUGAGGGUCAUCAAGGAGCGUUGUAUUUUAUUUUGUUUAUUUUGUUUAUUUUAUUUCAUCACGUGUACAUGAGAAACUCCUCAAGUGGAGAGAGGAUGAGGAAUCCGAACCUAGAGUAAAUAUGAAUGCAAUGAAUAUAGUGCUUCCGAGGGUGUCAAGUAUUAGUGAUUAUGGCUUCUUGCUAGUAGAAGACUGCCCUGGGAAUGCGACUAUUAAUUAGGCUUUCUGAAGACUACAGUCUGCCGAUCUGAC